AAAGUUCCCCGUCAGCGUGAGAAGAGUUACGAUUACGACAAUUUUAGUUGUCGAACUUCUCAUUAACUCACAGUAUAAGAGAGGAGGUCCUAAGGCAAAUUCACCCCUGCGCCCUGACCCUUCCUCUCCCAGCUCUGUUCUACCCUUUUUUCUUUUUUCCUUUUUAACAAUUUUAUCAUUAUCAUCAUUACAAUUAUCUACCUUUUUUUUUAUUAAGUUUUGAAUCUUUUCACAAAUUUUCUUGUUUUUUAUCUAAAAUUUCCAGAGCUUUAAGGGUUAGGAGGUGUGGAAUUUCAGCGUUUCCCACCUGUGUUACUGUCAUAACACCGCCGUCACCGUUUCGAUCAUUCUUUUCUUGUUGUUGUUUCGCUUUUCUUUGCAUAGAUUUAGGGCUUCUCGUAUAUUUGAUAAUCCAUAGUUAUUAUUACGUUUAACAACAAUAGCAUCCAGAUUUUAGAAAUGGAAAAGAAAAGAGUUACGGUACCUCUUGUUUGUCACGGUCACUCUCGUCCAGUGGUUGAUCUCUUUUACAGUCCCGUUACUCCCGAUGGUUUCUUCCUUAUAAGCGCAAGCAAAGAUGCUAGUCCUAUGUUAAGGAAUGGAGAGACUGGAGAUUGGAUUGGAACAUUUGUAGGGCACAAAGGUGCAGUUUGGAGUUGCUGUUUGGAUGCUAAUGCUUUGCGGGCUGCAACUGCUUCUGCUGAUUUCUCAACCAAAGUUUGGGAUGCAUUAACAGGCGAUGAGUUACAUUCUUUUGAGCACAAGCACAUUGUUAGAGCAUGUGCCUUUUCUGAGGAUACACACCUUUUGCUCACUGGGGGAGCAGAAAAAAUUCUCCGACUUUAUGAUUUGAAUCGGCCUGAUGCACCACCCAAAGAAGUGGAUAAAUCCCCUGGUUCAGUCAGGAGUGUUGCAUGGCUUCAUAGUGACCAGACAAUAUUGAGUUCAUGCACUGAUAAGGGAGGUGUGAGGCUAUGGGAUGUAAGAACUGGUAAAAUAGUCCAGACACUUGACACCAAGUCGCCUAUGACUAGUGCUGAAGUGAGUCAGGAUGGUCGUUAUAUUACAACAGCUGAUGGUUCUACUGUCAAAUUUUGGGAUGCAAAUCACUAUGGAUUAGUGAAGAGCUAUGAUAUGCCGUGCAAUGUGGAAUCAGCUUCAUUGGAGCCCAAGUUUGGGAAUAAGUUUAUUGCUGGGGGAGAAGACUUGUGGGUUCAUGUUUUUGAUUUCCAUACUGGCAAUGAGAUUGCAUGCAACAAAGGCCAUCAUGGUCCUGUACAUUGUGUCCGUUUCUCUCCUGGAGGAGAAUCAUAUGCAUCAGGAUCUGAGGAUGGAACCAUCAGAAUAUGGCAAACAGGCCCAUUGGGUCAUGAUGAAUCAGAGGGUUUAUCCCCAAAUGGAUCCAUUGAAAAGGUUAAGGCAAAUGCAGAGGAAGAUGUUUCACGCAGGAUUGAGGGAUUUCAUAUUGCUGAGGAGGCCAAGUCCAAAGGAAAGGAAGAGGCCACCGGGGAGGAAUUAUGAUACUAAUAAUAAUAAUAAUUGCGCCCUUCUAGUUCUGCCUGCCAUUUGUUUACAAUUUUGGCAAGUUAUCUGAACCAUGGGCCUUUCUAAAUAUACAUGAUUAGUAUAAACUAAAUUUUGUAAGUUUUAGUUUGUAUUGGGCAACUACUGAAUUGACGAGCUGGUUAAGGAUAGUUAAUUUUAUUUUAUGUUUGCAUUGAUUUCA